GUUCCUGAUUUCCAAGCGGAGGCGACUUGCUCUUUAUCUUAAGUGAGCCUUGGCCAUCACACUCGGGAUUUGUUUAUUUUCUCAAGUGCCUGUUUAUUUCGGAUUUAAAAGCGACGAAUCGAAGGAAAAGCGUGUCACAAAACAAUGAAGAAUCUUGAGGUCCCCAGCUUUACGGUGGAGUCCCGGGGCACCACCUUUACCUACGCCAGUCCAAGAUCCGGAGCAGCUUCCAUGGACUUUGUGGCAGACACAAUCAGAGCCAAAGACCCGAGCACCAGCAGAAUUGUUUUGAUAUGUCAGCAGAAUUCCGAGGCCGACCAUUUGAAAUCGGAGCUUGGCAUUCGUAAUGUCAACACAAUUCGCCUGGCAGCGGAUGACCCAAUGGUCCACCAAGUGCUGCUCCUCUGGUCAAAGGGGUACAUUCAACAAGCUUUGAUCCUUUGCGAUGGCAUGCUCAACUUUCUUGAGGGGAUCGAGGUGAAUCUCGGUAUCCAUGCUACGCUGCCGCCAUUAAAAACGUUCGAGGAACGUUUGGAGAUGCUAAGCAAGUCGGAAACUAAAGCCGAGAUGCUGGUUAUUACAGGCCCCAAUGAGGAAAAUAAUUCAGGCGGUAAUAUAAACAAGCCUGAGCCAGAAAUAGGGGAUUUCCCACAAAAUGGCGUUAACCAAAACCCCAAAAUGGUGGGUCAACCAGUGAAAGAAAUGACAGCAGAGAAAGCUCAAAAUAUCGAAGAUAUAUAUUUUAAGCGAGGCUCGCCCGUGAAAUCUUCCACAGAUUCCCAAGACUGUAUAAAACCAGUGAGAGUUCCAGAACUUCAAAAAACAGAAAAGGGUGCCAUUCCGAAAGCCAUUGGUAGUCCAACCAGUCCUUCGAUUACUAUCGAAAACCAUAAACACGCUUUUGAAGUCUUUUGGAAACAGUUUGGUCUAAAGCAGAAUUCUGAAAAUUCAGAACUCUCUUCUGUUUCUUUCGAGACAAUUCCAACACCUCUAAAUCUUUUCGAACUUGAAGACCAAGAGGAUACGCCAUCUAGUGAUGUAGAAGAUAUUUUGGAGGAGGUCCUCAACCGCAGCCUUCAGGGGUCUACAAAUUCAGAUAGCUCCACUCCUAUUUUAUUUGGGUCAGUCCCAACACCUCAAUCAUCUUUAGAAAUAGAGCAACUUACUGAAAAGCUCGGACAAGAAUGCACAAGCCAGAUGCCAGGAGACUCUUCCGUGGAGGAUCCAAUUGAUCUCUACACAAGCACCUCGCCGGAGUCGUUUCAGAGCUUCGAGGAGUACGAUCCUGGGGCUAGUCCUAAGGAUGAUCCGCCUCCAGCGGCGGUUUUCCCCCAUGCACUUGAAACUACCCGGUAUCACUUUGGCGUGCUGGCCUGGAGUCGCCACGUGCUCAUCCCCUGCUACUCCUUGAGUGGAGUGUCGAACAUCAGCACCCCCAUCCGCAGGGCCAUGGAGCAGCUGGGCCUGGGCACCGAGCGGGCACGGGGCAUCCAGAGGUUCGCCUGGCCCCAUGUCUCCUCGGGGAAAUCCCUGAUGGUCGUUGGCAACAUGCAGAGCGGCAAGACGUGGUGCUACCUGCCCACAUUGUGCCAGCGCAGCCACGAGAUUCUGCAACGCCGGCCAGCGGAUGGCUAUGCCUAUGGACCAGCCAGCAUCUUCGUGUGCCCCAAUCAGCUGCAGGGCAACCAAAUCGAACGCUGGGUGAGCCAGCUCCUCGGUUCCCUGGAGGAUGAUGUGUAUAUGGAGCGAGUGGUGACCCUCUGGGAGAAAGGCAGCGUGGCGUAUACCGCCUGCCGGCUCUAUCAGCCCGUGGGAAUCCUGCUGACCACUGUGGACUUGCUGCUCCAACUGAUGACGCACCACUCGAAGAGGAAUCCCAUUUUCGAUGCCCGGGCGGUGAAGUACAUUGCCUUGGACAACUUGAACGACAUGGUCCGGCUGCUGCCGGUCACCACGACGAAGUUGCUCAAACGGUUGCCCGAACUCUUCGAUUUUGGCCAGGGCAAGUGCCAGCUCCUUGUCUCCGGACGCACCUGGCAUGAUGACCAGGUGAUGGACCGCGUCCUUUCGCUUAUGCCGGAUGCCCUGGUACUCUUCGAGGACCCGCUGGAGGCCAGCUUUUAUAUGGGCGCUAAGCUGGAACACAAGGUUCUGCCAGAAACACAGAAGUUGGGCCAUUUGGUGGGUCUGAUCAGGGGAAGGAAUCUCGCCGAGGAGCGAAUUGCUGUGGUCUGUCCAAACCAAGUUGAAGUUCUACGCCUGUCCCAUUUGCUGGCCGAGAUGGAUGUGAAAGCCCAGGCGUGCUUUUCGGAGGCGGGCUUCUCCAUGGUCGCCAAGUGGCGAGACGAGUCCAGGGCCCUCGUGCUCUUGGUCUCGGAUGAUGUGGUGCCGAAACUCAGGUGCGGACGCAUCGAUCUGCUCAUCCACUAUAGCUGGGCCAGCAGCUGGAUGCGGUUCAAGCUCCGCUUCGCCUUGUUCUACGACAACUACAAACGGUUCUACUCCAAGGUGAGCGGCCAAUCCGUGGUCUUCGUCCAGGAGACCGAUGUGGAUAACAACUGGCUGCUGGCUGACUUCGCGCUGAAGCACUUGCUGCCGAGGCCCACCGUCUUGCUGGACAUCCUGGCCCAUCGUCGCCUGGCGGAUCAGCCCAACUCGCAGAUGCCCAAGCUCUGCCGCCAGCUCAUCGCCUACGGGGAUUGCCUGAGGUACCGCUGCAGGUACCGCCAUGUGAUGAGGCGGGAGGAGCUGCUGCCCCCGAAGCACUUUCCCACCAAGGGCAUGAUUCAGUUUACGGUCGUGACUUGCGCCAGCCCCGCGAACUUAGCAGUUCGUCUGAGCGACCAGUUCCCCACGAAGUCCUACUUCCUCGGCUUUGCGAUGACCCAGCUGGGCGAGCAAGUGCAGCGGCACUACGAGGUUGAUGCUCACCGGCGCCAGCACCCAAAUCCGAAGCCCGGGGAUAAGGCCGUGGUGAAGAAUCUCAAGCGAUACGAGCGGGUGGUCAUUGUGGACGUGGAGAAGAAUGAUAAGGUCGUGGUCCGACUGCUGGACUCGUCCCUCGAAAUCCUCACCUACAACGCCAGCAAGGUGUACAUCUGUGAGGAAAUAUUCAAGCUUCAAACCGAUGAGGCCAUGGAGAUACGGAUCCUUGGCAUGGAGCCGGGCAACCUGGAACGCAUCUGGGGCGAGGACGAGCGCCAAGUGGUGCGCACCCAGUUUUUCAGUCGGCUGCAGAAUAGGCGCGGUCGCCACUUCACCGCAUAUGUGCAGUUCGCCAUCCAUGACACCAUCUUCGUUGACAACGUCUACGAUGAUGAGGGCAACGACCUGGUCCGCUUCAUCACGGACCGCUUCAUCUUUUACCAGGAAAAUGAUUGCCUGAGCAAGUUUAACAAGUUGACACAGGCAACCGGACCCUGCUAAUUUGAUACUGGAACUUACUUAACUAAACAUUUCCUUACCAUUGACAAUUGUCAUCGCUUUUCUUUUAUAAUGAUUUUAAAAUUGUUAAAUUGAUCUCACUAAUCGUGGAUUUAAAACAAAUUGUCAAGACAAUGUUUGGGUAUUUCUAUAUUUCCAACAUAGUUUUUUUUAAACUUUUUAUCUCAAUAUUUUAUUGCGGAAUAUAUUUGACGAUUGUAUUUCAUAUUACAAAAAAUGUAAUAAUGAAACAUUUCUUCCAAUAUUCCGGAAAUCCAUUCACGUUUUUCUGUUAUAUUUCUUUUUCUGAUAUUGUAUUAUCCAUUCAACCAUAAUACUUAAUGA